UAAAAAAUUGGGUUGAAAACUGUUAAUCUUUCUUCAUUUUUCACUGUUCUAACUUCUGUUCUUAUUAAAAAAUUUGCAAUUGGCGAUCGUUUGAUUUAUUAUAUGCUUCAUGUUUUCAUUGUUUUGUUCUUAUGAAGAAAAAAUUUGCAAUUAGUGAUUGUAUGAUUCAUGUUUUGAUUGUUCAGUUAUAUAAAAAAAAUUAUGUUUUCAUUGUUUUGUUCAUUGUUUGGUUGCACUGUCCCUGUUCUUGAUCUCCGCUGACUUGCUACCCCUCCUCCAUGUUGGAUUUGUUUUGUUUCAGCCUCUGUUGUGUGUUUGUUUCAGGCUCUAUUGUGUGUUUAUUGUGCAACACUAUCAUUUUUUGUUUUACUUUUUGACUUAGCUACAUGACAAUAUUCUCUAUCUUUAACUUGUGCAUUGUAAUUCAAUCCAGCUAUUUUUAAUGGAAGUAUAAUUAUGUUAAUUGUCAACAAAUUUGCAGCAAGUCAUUGCAUAUUUUAAUGAUUAAUUACAUUUAGUUGGUGAUAUUUUAUUUUAGGGUUUUAAAUUUCAAAGAUAUUUAGGAUGUUUAUUUAUAAUUUAUUUAUUAUUUUAUUAUGGAACAGUUUUUCUGGUUGAACCACGGUUAGACCGGUUGGACCAGUGAACCAGUGACUAGAGCGGUUUGAUAACCGGUCUGGUUUUCAGAACCUUGGUAAAAACAUAUCAACCUGCCUGAUCGACCGAGCCCAUUCCCCCAAAACCACUCUGCGUGUCCACCAUCCACGGCGCCACUGUCGCUGCCACACGCCUGGCCGUCAACGCUGUUGUUAGUCACCGGCAGCGAGUAUCUUCUGUUUCUCUCCUUAAAGAAUAGGAUCAUUAAUCAUGGAUGCACAAGCUAAGAAAAAGGCAGAUUUUCGUGCUAAAUUGGCCCAGAAGAAAGAAAAGCGUAUAGAUUCUCCCCUUGUAAGGUAUAAUGAAUUCAAUCAACCUGUUUGUCGGGUUUGUGAUGUUGUUCUGAAGUCUGAAUCUAUAUGGGAUGCACACCAAAUCUCCCGUAAGCAUCGCGAGGCGAUUGAUAAUCUUAAAGCUAAUGCAGCUGGAUUAACUCAGCAAAACAAUGCAAAGCCUGCUGUUGGUAACAGAUUUCCCAAAGCCAAACCUGAACAACCUUCCGAACCACUAUCCAAAAAGCCUGAACCUUCACAAGAAGUACCUAAAGCCCAGUCGUCGUCUGUGCUUCCACCAAAUUUUUUUGAUGACAGUGCAAGGAAAACCGAAAAGAAAUCAUCUGAUUCAGGAAGAAACGUGGGAGUUUCUGCUCAAAGUCAGGUGUCAAAGUUGGAGGAAAGAGGUCAUUUUCGUGGUCAUGAUGCUGCGCCGUCAAAGGUUAGUCAAGCAACAACAGAGACUAGGCAGACCUCAGCCAAAACUUCUGAUGCAGAGGACAGCCAAACAAAAGGAUCUCUGCCUGAAGGCUUUUUUGACAAUAAGGAUGCGGAUUUGCGGGCACGUGGCAUUAAGCCUGUGAAGCCAGAUGUCAAGGAUGAGUACAAGGAGUUUGAGAAGCUGAUUCAAGAGGACUUGAAGGAGGUGGAUGACCGAUUGGAAGAAGAAGAGAUUGAUGCUGCUGAAAUGAUAGAAGAAGCUGAAUCCGUUGAACAAAAGAUCUUCAGGGAGAGAGUGGAAAUGUUGAAGAAAAAGAGACUGGAGCUGAAAGCAGCAAAGUCAGCAAAGCGAGGUAAAACUUGUGAGGGUGAAACCAAGGAGGAGUCAAGGCAUGAAGAAGAGUCAUCCAGUGAUGAUGAAAGUGGUGAGAAUUUUGCUGUGGACUGGAGAGCACAACACUUGUGAAUGCUAAUUGAUAACUAACACUUGAUAUUUGUUUAAUUCCAUAUACUAUGUACAUUAACACCACAGUUUGUAUGUAGAACAAUUUACUCAACACUUGUUUUAAGAUGAGCCAUUUCGGUUUCCCUGAAAUAUGUUUACUCA